AUGGAGAGAGCUAGACUCGUCGCUUCUGUGGUGUGCUUGUUAAUAUCAUACGCUGAACUGCAGCCUUUCAGUGUCCUUGUGUACAAGACAGAAGUGAAUGCAACUGUGGGUGAUACAGCCAUCCUCCCAGUGAGACCUUCCUCUCCCGUCUCGAGUGGCUUCUGGAAGUUUGGUGGUGAGUCAAUUGUCCUCUGGACUGUCGAGCCCCCCAACCUCAAUGUCGCCUACACCAAACGCAAUGUGCUUCUCUUGGACAACACUUCCCUUCUCCUCCAUUCUGUGGCCCUCAAAGACACUGGAGAUUAUUGGGUGACAAUGGAUUCCCCUACUGGACAAGAGGCCAAAGCCAAGGUCACUUUGAACGUAUUCCCAAAGUCUACUCCUUUUAUCAUCAGUGUCAAAAGCAGGAAGAUUAAUGCAGUUGUCGGGGACACAGUCAUCCUGUCUGUGAGCCCCUCAGAGGAGGUGAAGAAUGGGAGCUGGAUGUUUGGGGGUAAUGUAGUUGCCUGGUGGUGUGACACAUUCCCAGAGAUCAGCCCCGAUUACAGCGGACGGGCAGCAAUAUCUUCCAAGACUUCUCUGAAACUAAAGUCUGUGAGCGUUUUGGACACUGGAGAAUAUGAUGUGACCAUGAGUACAGCAUCUGGCGACACAAGGACAGCUAAGGUUGAACUGAAUGUCUUCAAGAAACCACAGCCUCUCAGCGUCUCUCCAGUGCUCAGCAGCAUCAAUGCAGAAGCUGGAGCCAGUGUCAUCCUUUCAGUACGUAUAUCUGGGGAAGUGAAGAACGGAAGCUGGAGUGCCAAUGGCUACACACUUUUCCAGUGGAACAGCACCACUCAGAAUAUGACACAGCACAAGUUCCGGGAUAUGGACCUCUUACCAAAUGCCUCCCUCCUUCUAAUCUCUGUUUACACUUACAGCUUCUCAGAGUUUACUAUCACUCUGGAGUCCCCCUCUGGUACCAAAGCAUCAGCCAAUAUCAGUCUUCAAGUAUUCAGUGAGUAG